UGCGGGAACCACAAACAUAAACCCAGACGACGCUGCUGCUUGCUGGGGGAAAAAAACCGGGAAAACCUUCUUCCAUUUCACUUACCCGGUUCCGCAAAAUCGCAACCGGUUCUGGUGAAAAGCGGAACAAAAAAUUGAAUUCGAAUUCGAACAUUCAAACCUAAAAUCGAAUGCAGUAAUUUCUUUUUCCGUUACUGAAAAUGAUGAACGUAAUCUAUUACGGAAGCUAGGUUUUGGCGAUUAGCAAUUAGAUGGAGGAAGAGCAGGAUCGAAUUCUGCUCAACAGUUUGGGCGUUAAGUCGGCGAAUCCCGAAGACAUUGAACGCCACGUCUUAGAAAAGGCGACUGCUGUUCCCGAAGCUGAAGGGAGUGUGAAGGAAGAAGAUUCUAGUGUAUCUGGAAAUGUUGAUCCAUCAUCUGCUACUAAAGCAGAGCUUAAUCAGAAACUGAGGGCAGUGAGAUUUGAAAUAGAUGCAGUAGCGUCUACCAUUCAGCAAUUGAGAAGUGAUGAGAAUGAUGGAGAAUGUGGUGGUGUUGGCGAGGACAGCCAGGAGAAAGGAGUUGCUGAAGGUGGUUCCUCCAAUGAUUCAAACCUUCAGUGUGUUCUUGCUGCUGAUAGGCUACAGAGCCUGAAGAAAACAAAGGCUCAACUAGAGGAAAAGCUUUCGGAGUUCCCAAAAAUUUAUAUAAUUACAAAUUAA